AUGGGUCGCAAGCCCAACCAGCUGAUUCUAGAGUUUUUUACGCGUGGUCCGAAACUGGAGGACGCCAGCAACAGGUACCAGCACACCUGCAAAGCAUGCGGCGAGAAGUUUCCCAAGGGCCGCAUCGAUAGCCUCACCAAUCACCUGGUGAAGAAGUGCCAGGCCAUCUCAAUGUCCACCCGGCAGUCCGUUGUCAUGCGCAUCCAUGACCUCCCCGCCCUCGACGACAGCGAUCCGAACAAAGCAGCCGUGCUCGCGAGGCUUCAGAAAGGGAAGAACGCCGAUAUGCCGUAUUCGACGCGACCGGCUUUCGACGGCCUGAAUGUGUUGGCUGAGGCGUCGAGACAAGUCGGCGCGUCCGACCAGACCAAGCGUGGCCCGAAAUACACCCAGACGAUGACUGUUGGCGGGAAAACAGUGAUGAUUGAUCCUGCUCUUGAGGCCGAAGCAUUUCAAACGCACGAAGAGCUAACAAAUGAAGCCGUCCUAGCAGGAGUCGCUGCAGCUGCUUCCAUGACCCCAACGCCUUCCGUACCUGGUGACCAGCCUCCCUCCGAUUCGCCAUCAAUGACUCAUAACGAGACCCUGCCGGUCGACGUGACUACCACUGGGACACAGUCCUCAUCUCACCUGUCGCUGAUAGCGGCCUCUGCCAGUGAAAUGGCUUCACAAACUCUCGCCAUGGAUAAUGACAACGCAUCACUGCCAGACGGCCUCCCAAGGGUUGGAUCAGCCUGGACCGAUCAUCAGCUAUCCAGUACAGACCAGUUCCUUCUGGAGAGUUUGCAGGCAUCGGAUCCCUCCUUAGCAGCAACUCAACGCGCUGCGUCAUUUCCUCGGCCAAUUGCAAUGAACCCAAAUUCGCAGACCAAGGGAUUCGUCAACGACUUUGGUGGUACUUCCUCCAAGCCGGCAAAGCCCAAGGUUCGUGGAAGAUUCAGUCCAGACCGUAGAAAGGAAGUCCAGGAAGUGCGCAAGAGGGGCGCGUGCAUCCGGUGCCGUAUGCUCAAGAAACCAUGUUCCGGGGAGAGCCCCUGUAACACGUGUGCAUCUGUCGAAAGCGCCCGGCUAUGGAAACAGCCAUGUAUCCGCACUCGCCUUGUCGACGAAUUCGAACUUUACAGUGCCGGACUCCAUACAACCCUAGCAUACCACGACGUAAAUGCUACCAAAGCACAAUGCCAAUUUGACCACUUCCUUGGGCGCAUCGAGGCUACCCAUUUUGACGAUAGUCUUUUUUUCGCGACUUUUACAGGUAGCUUGGGCCGCAAGACCAAUCUACCAACUCUUGAUCCUCAGCUGCAAGCAUUGGUUGAGGAUGGCCAGUUUCCGGGUUCGACCCAAGAACUGUACAUGUUGGAUAAUGAUGGGGACGAUCUUCCCGGGAAAGUGGAAGCCUACAUAAAGAGGAUGUCGUCGUCUUUCAUCGAAGAAGAGCGGUCCAUAUUUAUGAAGCAGACUCUGAUUUUGGCUACGCAGCUGGCUCAUGAAAAAAAGGACAUGCUCCUCGAGCGUGUAUUAGAGCUAUGGCACUCAACCCACGUUCUUGUCGACUCCGAGUUGGAAUGGAAGCUGUUUUCCAAUUCCACAUUGCCGCCAACACCAGCCAACACCUUGGCUCCGUCAACUGACGACGGUCGGGUGCCAAUUGACCGCAAUGUCAAUACAGAAAACUAUAACCUUUUGUGCAGCCAGCUGCGGGGAGCCGUCGAAAAACGGGCAGGCCACCUCAGUAAGAUUGUGAUGAACGAGUUGGAGCGCCGCCUCCUCCAGCGUCAUCAUAGUGGCUGGUUCGAGACCUUUUUGGUUUCCAUAAUUCUUCUCAACUGUGUGGAGCGCGUUUGCUGGCUGUUCACAACCUGGGAAGAUGAAGCUUUUGUGGGACGCUGGCCCCUCGACAAACGCCCGCAACAAUACGCCAGCCAGGGAGGCAGGUUUUCCGACAUCCUUCAUAUGCUUUUGCGAAUGCGCAGUCUCCCUCCAAGGACCGUUGUCAACCCAGAAACUGGUCUUCUCAAAGCCGCGGAGAAUAGUGACCCCAAUGCUGCCGUGUGGUUCGACAACAUUCAGCUUUCGCCUAUGUACCUGGAACAGCGUCGGAAUGCCGAGUUUAACCCGGCAGACUCGCGCUCCUUCGAGUUAAAGCAUGCGUCAAAAAUUCUUUUACCGCCCCCGACACUCUAA